AAUUCACUUUGAGCUCAUUCGCUGUACGCACCUCGGAUUGUGCGGUCAACUAUACAAGGCUCAUACCUUGCAGUUGAACCGACAAUCUAUUCCUAAAGCCUUUUUAAGGUCAGGAAAAAUAGUUCCUACAUCUAAAUGCAGUAGAAUUUGCGAAACGAAUUUAAAUAAAAAUGGCGUCCAUUGUGUUUGUGAUUUUGUGUGUUACCGUCGCUGCGGUGAAAAGCGCGAUUUUAAACCCGUGGAGUAAAGUUGAGGCCAACAAAUGUGGCGUGGAAGCCAGUACUAACUUGGUCCAUCACAAUCCAUGGCUGGUCUACAUCGAGUAUUGGCGUGGAAACUCAGAUACUGAGAUCCGAUGCGCCGGUACUUUGAUCGAUAGCAAACAUGUCGUCACAGCUGCCCACUGCGUUAGGACUCUGAAGUUCAGUCAUUUGAUCGCCCGUCUUGGCGAAUACGACGUAAAUUCUAAAGAGGACUGCGUUCAGGGCGUGUGUGCCGAUCCCAUCGUCAGAAUCAAGGUGGCUGAGAUCAUCGUGCAUCCUAACUACAGCAACCGGGAACAUGACAUUGCAAUCUUAAGGCUGGAGGAGGAAGCUCCUUAUACCGAUUUCAUCCGGCCCAUCUGUCUGCCUUCUGGUGAUCUCGCAGAAGACACCCAGUUCUUAGCAGCCGGCUGGGGUGAGAUCCCCACGAAAGGCUUCUUCAGCCACGUGAAGAAAAUCGUCCCCCUACCGUACUGGAAUCGGGAGAGAUGCCAAAAGGUCUACCAGUACAAUUAUAUCCCUGAGAACGUGAUCUGUGCCGGUGGUGAAGAGGGCAUCGACACCUGUAGGGGUGACUCCGGUGGUCCUUUAACCCGAGUGGGUGAAACCAUCGAGCUUUGGGGAGUCACCAGCCAUGGCAAUAUCCACUGUGGCACCAAAAACUCCCCAGGAAUCUACACCAGCGUGGCUGAUCAUUUGGACUGGAUCAAGACUGUUCUCAAAUCUUAAAUAAUUGGAAAUUUACCGACUAAGGCAUCGUCUAAAGGCUUUUGAGUUAAUGUACAUAUGAAAAUAGUUUAAUAGAAUAGGUUAAUAGAUUUUGAAAACUGACGACAAAUGAUCUCCUUAAUUUUAAACUUUAAAAGUCUAUUUAAAAAAAUGAUAAGUACAUUUUAAUGUCGAUUUUAAAUUAAAUAUUUUGCAGUCUGAUCCUGUGCCUUGCAAUAGACCAUUGUAUUUAUAAGUAAUAUUAGUAUUUAUUGUAUUUGUAAUAAGAUUCACUUUUAAAUGUAAUAGUUUUCCACUGACGAGAAAGUCUGAUUACCAUUUGCCAUUAUUAACACUCACUAGUACGUAAAGGACCAACUUAUUAUAAGAUAACUUAUUUAUUUAUUAAGUUAAAACUAUAAGGAGACAGCUCUCUCACCUAGUUAGUUUAUAUAAGUACCAUAAUAAUUAUGUAUAAGCGAAACAAAAUUAGAAAAGAAAAUUGUAUAUUAAAUGUUAAUGCAUUGUAUUCAAUGACUUUUCAAUUUUGUUACGCGACGUCCUGUGUAAGCGAAUAGAAGCGAACGCGACGCGGUGCGAUGCGGCGUUUGUAUUCUACGUGCAUGCGAAUCGUUUCUUUUUUUCUGUUUCUGACAUUAUAGCCAAACAAAACGUCUGACCAAACCAAGCUAAUUGAUCGCGUUCGGUUCGUUUCGGACCGCAUCGUACGUGCGUUUGACCACUUCAAUAGAUUUCGACAGUUUGUUGUUCCCGCGCCGCACCGCUUCGCAUUCGCUUCUAGAUCGCUCACGCAAGACGCGUUGACGGUUUAAGAGAAAUAAAAGAACAUUCUUUGCUAUAGAAUUCUAGAAAAACCAGUACAAAUUAGAUAUUUUUGUAAUUUAUAGUAUUUAUGAUAAUGGAUUCCGAAUUACAGUAUUUCAUAAUAAAUCGGUAAUAAUUUUGAUUUUGAAUUUACGCAACAAGUGGCGAGUAAGUCGUAAAAAUUUAGGUUAGGUACUAAUUUAAAAGUUUAAAAUUUGAAAUUUAAAUAUGUAUUUAAAUAGCAUUUAAACAAUAGUUUUUUAUUUUACACAUUCCGACUUUCUCGAUACUUUCAAUAAACAUAUCAUAAUUGGCUUGUUUAAAUUUAAAAUAUUUAUUUAAAUGUAAAAAUUUUUGUACGUUAUAAAUGUAUUUAUUUUGACAUUUAAAAUGUACUUAAAAAAAUUAAAUGUAAAAAUGUGCCUUAAUAAAUUAAUUGUAAAUCAUUUAAAAUGAAAAAAAAAAGAUGCGAGAACAAAAAAGUAGGGAAAAAGACAAUAAAUGGCGAAUCAUAAGAA